AGCUGACCUGCGACCACUUUCCGCAUUCGCCAACUACAACCGCCAUUUUCGACACAACCAUGCCCUCUAGAACAGCAUACACAAUUCUCGCCUUCGGCGCAGUCUCCCUACUCACAGGGAUAUAUAUCCUCCUCUCUCCUGAAUCCAUGUUAUCCAUGCUAUCAUUACCAAGCGCAUCGCUCCCAUCAAUACGAGCAAAUGCGUCAGCCGCCAUUGCAAUGGGUAUAUAUUACACCCUAGCGUUUGUUCAGGAUGAUCGAACUUUCUUUGCGGCGACUAUUCCGAUAAGGAUGCUUACUGCAGCUGUGCUUGGCAUGCAGGGGGGAGCGUGGUUGUAUGUGGCCCUUUGGGAAGGGAUUGGGGCAAGUUUUACUGGUGUUAUAUUGGCGCUUGAGGGAUUCCAAUCGAGAAAGAUUGAAGGGACUAAACAAUAUUAGAAGAAUGGUGACAAAUUACUCAAAUCAUGGCAAACGCAUGCCUUCUGAUUUAGAAGUGCAGACUAUUAGAUGGAGGGCUAUAUUCAUGGCCAUGAGUACCAUG